GCAAGGGGAUUCAUACAACAGGAAAUAGGCAGACUUUGCAGUUCAGGGGACUUAGCUGAAUUUACCAUGCCUUACAACAGUUGCCUGCCCAGCAUCAGCUGCCGUACCAGCUGCACUUCUAGGCCCUGCCUGCCUCCCAGCUGCCAUGGCUGCACCCUUCCUGGGGCCUGCAACAUCCCUGCCAAUAUAGGCACUUGUGGCUGGUUUUGUGAGGGCUCCUUCAAUGGCAAUGAGAAGGAGACCAUGCAGUUCCUGAAUGACCGUCUGGCCAACUACUUGGAGAAGGUUCGGCAACUGGAGAGGGAGAAUGCUGAGCUGGAGUCUAGGAUCCGGGAGUGGUGCCAACAGCAAGUCCCCUAUGUGUGCCCAGACUACCAGAACUACUUCAGGAUCAUUGAGGAGCUCCAGCAGAAGAUCUUGUGUACCAAAGCAGAGAAUACCAGGCUGGUGGUGCAGAUUGAUAAUGCCAAGCUGGCUGCUGAUGAUUUCAGAACCAAGUACCAGACAGAACUGUCCCUACGUCAGCUGGUAGAGGCUGACAUAAAUGGCCUGCGCAGAAUACUGGAUGGGCUGACCCUCUGCAAGUCUGACCUGGAAGCUAAGGUGGAAUCCCUGAAGGAGGAGCUGCUCUGUCUCAAACAGAACCAUGAGCAGGAAGUCAACACCCUACGAUGCCAAAUUGGAGAGAGACUCAAUGUGGAGGUAGAUGCUGCUCCAAAUGUGGAUCUGAACAGGGUGCUGAAUGAGACUCGGUGUCAGUAUGAGACUGUGGUGGAGAACAACCGCAGAGAUGUGGAGGAAUGGUUCACCACUCAGACAGAGGAAUUGAACAAGCAGGUGCUGUCCAGCUCAGAACAGCUGCAGAGUUGCCAGGCAGAGAUCAUUGAGUUGAGACGCACUGUCAAUGCUCUGGAGAUUGAAUUGCAAGCUCAGCACAACCUGAGAAAUUCCCUAGAGAACACCCUGACAGAAACUGAAGCUCGUUACAGCUCCCAGCUGUCCCAGGUACAGUGCAUGAUUACCAAUGUGGAACACCAGCUGGCUGAGAUCCGUGGUGACCUAGAGAGGCAGAACCAAGAGUACCAGGUCCUUCUGGAUGUCAGAGCACGACUAGAGUGUGAGAUCUCCACAUAUCGUGGCUUGCUGGAGAGUGAGGAUUGCAAGCUUCCCUGCAAUCCCUGUGCUACCACCAACGCCUGUGGCAAGCCCAUUGGCCCCUGCCCAAUCAGCAAUCCAUGUGUCCCCUGCACACCUUGUAUCCCUCGUUCUAGAUGCGGCCCUUGUAAUUCCUUUGUACACUAAAUUUCCCACCAUCCCUCAGAGAGUGGAGGACAGAGGGUCAUUUGAUCCCAACCUUUCCUCCAGCUUCCUCUCACAAUGAUUAUAUCCUGCUAAAUAGAAGAGGCCAAAGAAAGAUUAGGAAGAAAUGGACACAAAUUUUCACAAAAAUUGUCCAUGAUUCCAAGGGACUAGAAAUUUGCUGGUUCUACACAUCGAAGUUUCAUGUUCCUGGAGGUCUUUGAUUUUCAGAUGUUUGAGCAUUAUUCCCUUCAGAAAGUAUGAUCUCCUCUGUUGCUUUAACCUCUUCUUUUUUCCUUGUAGUUCCCCUGUCAUGCUUCUAAUAAACUUCUACCUUUGC